AUGACCGCGACCGCAGCCCUCCUGCCCGUCCUCUUGCUCCUGCUGGCCUUCGGCCGCAGUGCCCAUGGAGCUGAAUGCUUCCCGGCCUGCCACCCGCAAAAUGGAUUCUGCGAGGAUGACAAUGCUUGCAGGUGCCAGCCUGGCUGGCAGGGUCCCCUGUGUGACCAGUGCGUGACCUUUCCCGGCUGUGUUAAUGGAGUCUGUGUGGAGCCCUGGCAGUGCAUUUGCAAGGACGGCUGGGAUGGACAUCUCUGCGACCUAGACAUUCGGGCUUGCACCUCGACCCCCUGUGCCAACAACGGAACCUGUGUGAACCUCGAUAACGGCCAGUACGAGUGUUCCUGCGCCCCUGGAUUCUCAGGAAAGGACUGUCAGAAAAAGGACGGGCCCUGCGUGAUGAAUGGUUCGCCCUGCCAGCACGGAGGCAGCUGCGUGGACGAUGAGGGCUGGGCCUCCCAUGCCUCCUGCCUGUGCCCCCCUGGCUUCUCAGGCAAUUUCUGCGAGAUCGUGACCAACAGCUGCACGCCCAACCCGUGCGAGAACCAGGGCAUCUGCACCGACAUCGGGGGCGACUUCCGCUGCCGCUGCCCCGCCGGCUUCAUGGACAAGACCUGCAGCCGCCCGGUGUCCACCUGCGCCAACGAGCCGUGCCUCAACGGGGGCACCUGCCUGCAGCACUCCCAGGUGAGGUUCGGGUGUCUGUGCAAGCCCGAGUUCACGGGCCCCAUCUGCGGCCGGAAGCGCGCGGUGGGCCCCCAGCAGGUCACCCGUCUGCCCAGCGGUUACGGGCUGACCUACCGCCUGACCCCCGGGGUGCACGAGCUGCCGGUGCCGCAGCCCGAGCACCGCAUCCUGAAGGUGUCCAUGAAGGAGCUCAACAAGAGCACUCCGCUCCUCUCCGAGGGUCAGGCCAUCUGCUUCACCAUCCUGGGCGUGCUCACCAGUCUGGUGGUCCUGGGCACCAUGGGCAUCGUCUUCCUCAACAAGUGCGAGGCCUGGGUGUCCAACCUGCGUUACAACCACAUGCUGCGCAAGAAGAAGAACCUGCUGCUUCACUACAACAGCGGGGAGGACCUGGCCGUCAACAUCAUCUUCCCCGAGAAGGUCGACAUGACCACCUUCAGCAAGGAGGCUGGCGACGAGGAGAUCUAA